AACCACCACUGCAACAACCAAAGCUAACAACAAAGUAACCACAUCUAACAACCAACAACUACCAAAACAUCAACAAAAUGACUACUUGCGUCGCUACUCAGACUUUCACCCACGUCUCUCCCAAGGCGUACCAUCCGGAGUCGGACUACACCACCUCCACCGAGCCCGGCAAGCCUCGUCCCGGCAGCCCCGGUCCCAACAAGCCCGACAACUGUGGCUUCGAGUCCGGCCCCUUGAAGAGGGAUGAUCCUAUUCCUCGCCCUCAGACCCCCUUGGUCCUGGUCCCCAACUCUGACGGUGAGGGCGAUUCUAAGCCCGCUCCUCGACCCCCCACCCCUCACCCCAAUGGUGAUCACCUCGAGUUGGACCCCAUCCCCCGCCCGCAGACCCCUCUAGUCCCGGUGCCCAAUAGCGAUGACAUGCCCGUUCCUCGCCCACAGACUCCUUUGGUCCCGGUUACCUCUGAUGACUCUGACGAUGAAUGCAUCGACGAAGAGAUGCCCGUUCCUCGUCCUCAGACUCCCCUAGUCCCUGUCACCAGCGACGAUUCCGAUGACGAGUGCCUCGACGAAGAGAUGCCGGUCCCUCGUCCCCAGACUCCCUUGGUCCCGGUUACCUCUGAUGACUCUGACGAUGAAUGCAUCGACGAAGAGAUGCCGGUCCCUCGUCCCCAGACACCCUUGGUGCCUGUUACUUCUGACGACUCGGAUGACGAGUGCCUCGACGAAGAGAUGCCGGUCCCUCGUCCCCAAACGCCUUUGGUCCCCGUCACUUCCGACGAUUCCGACGAUGAAUGCCUCGAUGACGACCCUAUUCCCCGUCCCCAAACCCCUCUCGUCCCUGUUCCCAACUCCGACGGUGAGGGUGACUCCAAGCCCGCUCCCCGCCCUCCUACUCCCCACCCCAACGGCGAUGAUGAGAUGCCGGUCCCUCGCCCUCAGACUCCUCUAGUUCCGGUCACCAGCGACGAUUCCGAUGAUGAGUGCAUCGAUGACAUUGAUCCCAUUCCUCGUCCUCAGACGCCCAUGGUGCCUAAGCCUAAUGCUGAGAUGAUUAGGCCGGUUGCUUGCUGCUAAGUUUAUGGCUGAUGCCUGAGACGAGUUUGGAAGGAUAGGAUUCAAGAGGAGGAAGUGUUUGUAUUUGGAAGUUGAAUGAAAGAAUGGACGCUGGAAUGAUUGGUUGGUUCACUUGAACAUGGAAGGAAUACAUUGGAAGGAUUGAUGGAGCUCGAUUUGGUGACAGAAGAGUUCGGCAGUUGAUAGGAUUUGCAAUGGAUUUCAAUCAGUGUGAUAUAAAGAAAAAAAAGCCGGAUUUCCGCAGUGAGACAGUAUAGAAACGCGUGUGUCGCAGAAUAAAAUCAUUGAUUUCUCAACGUUGGUCACGCGCGAUGUGAUAGAUGUUUCCGAGUGCGUGAAGCACUGAUAAACUGAAGCGGAUCUGACAUUGCGAUUUGCGUGGUGACUGGGACAGAUUGACAACUCUUGACUGGUGGUGAGCGUUUGAUGGAAAGGGAAGCAUGAAAGUGAGCGAAGUGACU